AUGCCACCACCUCCAGGACGCGGUUACGGAUACGGACCUCCACGCCCGGGCCCGGGCUACGGACCGCCGCCUCCUCGUGGGCCCGCCGUGAAUGUGGGCAUUAACAUUGGCGGACCACCGCGACCUCCGCCGAUGGCAGUGGGCGUCGGCUUUGCCCCACCGCCUAUUGUAGUGGCUGCCCCACCACCCCCAGCUGUGGUCAUUGGCGCACCACCGCCGCCGGCGGUUGUGAUCGGAGCUCCGCCGCCGCGGCCCGCAGUGGUAGUGGGCGCCCAGCCUCCCGUGGCCACCGUUUAUGCCCAACCUACCGGAGAGGUCCUCUGUUGCACGAUUCUUUGAUUCUGGGAUUACGGAAACCUGUGACGCGUGUGCUCAAGUGUUCCUCCACAUUAUAUUAUACCUAUCCUACAUUUACACUCAUAUGUUUUCUAUUUGUAAAAUAAAAUAAUUUAUUCUA